AUGGAUAUUCUUAUUUAUUCCUCAUCUCUACACAAUGCUUAACAAUCUAAUCAAUCCAUAAGAAUCUAAACAAUAAGAACUGACUAAAGAUCGAAUAGUUAACAUUUCAGAAAUAUUAAUGUGAUCAUCAAAGAAUUGAAUAAAACUCACACCAGAAGGAAAAGCUGCUAUUGCACCGAAUGCGGAUGCUUGGGAAGGUUCUAAUUCGAGAAUAUGAACACAAGAUAGCAAUUUAAAAACUAGAAAAAUAGAGAGGUUGGCAAUACAAAAAGUGCCUUAACACUAACGCUACCAAGUAUAUAGUUCCUCCUAUAUCUAAAGAAUAAGAGAUCUUCUUUUAAAGAAAGCGAACAGUUAGAAAAACAGAUAAAAAAACAACGAUUAUCGAUAGCAGCACUACUGGUGAUAAAAUGGAUGAGCAGAAGACAUAAUAUUUCAAUUUCAAUACGCAGUCGAGAUCUUCUCUCCUCUCUAAUAUUCUUGGAAAAAGAGACUUACAGAUUAAACAAAUUAAUAAAAUCAGUAGACCAUAAGGUUUAAUACGAUUGGAGCAAAAAAUGAGAUGUCUCAUUCCUAUCACCUAGAAACAUAUUCCACUGCCCUUCCCAGUCUAAUGUUGUUGCAGUCGAAUCAAAACUGAAAAUCAAAGUUAUCACCAUCAACCUUUGAGUCCAUCCAAUAGAACAAGCAGUAAAUCUAAUUAUAAGAAUUCGCCUUAUUACUAUACUUAUCGAUAAAUAUUAACCCCAAAAGUUAAAUAUAGAAAUGAGCAGAAAAACAUGAAAUCAACAAUUCAAUAAUGA